UUGCGGCAUUCACGUGCUUGUCUUUCUUAUAUUCUUUUUAUAAAGAAAUAGCAUCGAAUGUAUGUAUAUAUGUAUUUUGUUUUAGUUUAACAUGUGUCCAUAUAUAUAUAUGGACAUAACAGGAACAAAAGCCAUAUAACUUUUUUUCUCAUUUUCUCCUUAUAGAUAAAACUUGUGAAGCUUCAAAAGCUGAUCUACAUAUCGGAAGUUAAAAGUUUUGAGUUGUGAAAGUAAUGGCAAUAAAAGAGAGAUCAUUAGAGGAGACACCAACAUGGGCUGUUGCUGUUGUUUGCUUCGUUCUUCUUUUCAUCUCUAUCAUGAUCGAAUAUUUCUUGCACUUUAUUGGUCACUGGUUUAAAAAGAAGCACAAAAAGGCUUUAUAUGAAGCUCUUGAAAAGGUUAAAGCAGAAUUGAUGCUACUGGGAUUCAUAUCGCUUCUACUUGUUGUAUUGCAAACACCAGUCUCCCAAAUUUGCAUCCCAGAAAAAAUUGCUGCGACUUGGCAUCCUUGUAGUAGCCACCAAGAGAGCACUAAGUAUGGUAAAGAUUAUAUCGAUGAUGGUCGCAAAAUUCUUGAAGACUAUGACUCCAACGACUUUUAUAGUCCUCGUCGAAGUUUAGCCACCAAGGGUUAUGACAAAUGCGCAGAAAAGGGGAAAGUAGCAUUAGUAUCUGCAUAUGGUAUCCACCAAUUGCAUAUAUUCAUCUUCGUGCUCGCUGUUUUUCAUAUUCUCUACUGCAUUAUAACCUAUGCUUUGGGAAAAACCAAGAUGAAGAAAUGGAAAUCAUGGGAGAGAGAGACCAAAACAAUUGAGUACCAAUAUGCCAAUGAUCCAGAGAGGUUCAGAUUUGCAAGAGAUACAUCAUUUGGACGUAGACAUUUGAAUGUAUGGAGCAAGUCUUCCUCUACCCUCUGGAUUACAUGUUUCUUUAGACAGUUCUUUGGAUCAGUGACUAAAGUGGAUUAUCUUACUCUAAGACAUGGCUUCAUAAUGGCGCAUUUGCCAGCAGGAAGUGGAGCUCGUUUUGAUUUUCAAAAAUACAUUCAAAGAUCUUUGGAAGAAGAUUUCAAAGUUGUUGUCGGUAUAAGCCCAGUGAUAUGGUGCAUUGCUGUCUUGUUCAUAUUGACUAAUACACAUGGAUGGGGUUCCUAUUUUUGGCUACCUUUCCUCCCUUUGGUUGUGAUAUUAAUAGUAGGAGCAAAACUUCAAGUGAUAAUAUCGAAAUUAGGAUUGAGGAUUCAAGAUAAAGGAGAUGUGGUUAAAGGAGCUCCUGUGGUUGAACCGGGUGAUGAUCUCUUUUGGUUUGGUCGUCCUCGUUUCAUUCUCUUCCUCAUUCACUUGGUUCUUUUCACGAAUGCAUUUCAACUGGCUUUCUUCGUUUGGAGCACUUACGAGUUCACACUCAAGAACUGCUUCCACCACAAAACAGAAGAUAUAGCAAUCAGGAUCACCAUGGGGGUAUUGAUACAAGUUCUAUGCAGCUACAUCACUCUACCUCUGUAUGCUCUUGUGACUCAGAUGGGAACUUCAAUGAGGCCGACCAUAUUUAACGACAAGGUAGCCAAUGCAUUGAAAAAAUGGCACCACACGGCCAAGAAACAGACCAAACAUGGACACUCAGGGUCAAACACACCUCACUCAAGUCGCCCCACCACACCAACACAUGGCAUGUCACCGGUGCAUCUCCUCCACAACUAUCGUAACCGCAGCCUUGACCAACAAACCAGCUUCACAGCCUCUCCUUCUCCUCCUAGAUACUCUGAUUUUGGCGGAAACUAUCAAAACCACGGCCUUGAUCAAACAAGCUCUACUGCCUCUCCUUCUCCUCCUAGAUUCUCUGAUUUUGGCGGCCACGGCCAUGGACAUCAGCAAUUCUUUGAUCCUGAAUCUCAGAAUAUCUCUAGUCACCGUGGGAUCACAGAUUCUGAUAACAGCAAUAGUCAUCAUCCCCAUGCUGACGUAGCUAGUCCUAUUAUAGAAGAGAGAGAGAUUACUGAGCAUGUCAAGGUUGAUUUUUCGGAGUUUACUUUCAAGAAGUGAUAUGAGUUCUAUACUUUACCUGUUUGUUCAUUCUUUGUAAAAGAUAUAAACAUUGAAAUGAACACUUUCUUGUUUUAUA